UGAUGAAACAUACCGGAACAGGCCGACCUACGAUGACGUCAGGAGAAUGUAAAUACAACGCCUCGCGGCCUCUUCGCUCUUUUCCCUCUUUCGUGCUGUUAGGGCGGCAGGCCUGCGUUCUGUCUGUGAAACUCCCAACACCUGAGCAGCAAACAUGAACAUCUACAAGGAUGUCAUCAGCGGUGAUGAGAUGUUCUCCAACACCUUCAAGAUAACAGAAAACGGAUUGUUCUAUGAAGUUGAAGGAAAGACCGUCACCAGGGUAGAGGGCUUCGAUGAUGCUUUGAUCGGGGCUAACGCCUCUGCCGAAGAGAUGAGUGAGGGCACAGAUUCAAAUACCAUUUCUGGCGUCGACAUCAUCCUCAACCACAGCCUGCAGAGGGUCGAAUUCUCCAAGAAAUCCUUCAUGGCAUACAUCAAAGGAUAUGUUAAAGCCAUUAAGAAUCACUUGGAGAAGGAACACCCAGACAGGGUGGAGGCCUUCAAGAAUGAAGCCCCAGAAGCAAUCAAAAGCAUCUUGGCGAACUUUGCCAACUACGAGUUCUUCACAGGAGAGAGUUUAGACUCGGAAGGCUUGGUGGGGCUGCUGGACUACCGUGAAGACGGGAUCACCCCGUACAUGCUUUUCUUCAAAGAUGGUCUUAUCACAGAGAAAUGCUAACUACCCGGACCGACAUCUGCUUUUUAAUUGGCUGCUGCUUCCCAAAUGGCCCCAAGAACGGACUGGAGCAGUAUAUGGCAUCAUGAAACAUUCUUGAACUAUUUCUUCUGUAUUCGCAUUAAGGACCGCAGCACCAUGCAAGGCCUGGUGAAGCAAACACAAUUGGUCACUGAACACGGGUCUAACUUUCGGCUUUCGCUGUUUUUGAUCCUAGGUUUUGCCCCGUUUUUGAUUUGAAAUUAAAGGCAGGACAGUGUGUGAUUGAAAGAUAGCUUUCCUUCAACUGCAUACUAUUUUAGCAACUCCUUACGCAGGUUGGAUUAAAUAUGGUUACAUCUACCAAAACUUCUGGAUUAAUUUGAAAAUAAAUCUCAUACCACCA